GCUUUAAAAAAUAAUUGUUGUUGUAGAGAUUUGUGAUUAAUUGAAAUACUUGCUUAGAGUGUUUAUAGUUUAUAACAAUGGCAACUUUAAUUGAUAAAAUAGAACAAUUAAUUAAAAGAGAGAAGACUACUCCAGAACGUAAGAAGGAUGAUACCAAAAAGUCUUCGAAUGAAAUUCUUUCAGAACUUUUUAGUGCUUUCAACGCUGAACCUCCUAAAAUAGAAGAAAUAAGUGUUAAGAAGGCUAAGAAAAGUAAAAAGAAACACAAGAAAGAAAAGAAAAAACGAAGCCGUUCUUGCAGUAGCACCAAUUCGGAUAGUGAUUAUUCUCGUAAACAUAAGAAGCGAAAGAAAAGCAAAUCAAAAAAACAUAAAGAUCGUUCACCGUCGCCGUACCGUUCCAGAACUCCGGUUACAAUCAAAACAGAGAGCAAUUUGAAAAUAAAAAAUGAAGUCAAAAUUAAGAGCGAGUCUAAAAUUAAAGAUGAGUAUAAAAUUAAGCGUGAAGAAAAAUUACCUAACAUCAAAACCGAGGAUAAAAACGUACGAAGUUUAUCUCCGCCUAUCGAGAGUUUUGAUGCUAGUCUUAUCCCAAUGCCAGACUCGCCAAAAGACAUGUCAAAUGACCAAACAGAUUUAAGAUAUAAAUUAGAUAAGAAACAAGAAUCAUCAUCUGAAAAUGACAAAGCCAAAGGUAGAAUACAAAUUAAGAACUUGAAGUUUAGUGCUGUUUUUGAAGAAACUGUGAAAAAAGCUGAGGAAGAGGCUAGAAAGAAAGCAGAAAAGGUUGAAGAGGGUGAAUACACAGACACUUCAAGUAGUUCGGACAAAGACGAGGACUCCAAUUCACAGUUUCCAAAAUCCUCAGACCCUGGCGGGAUAUUAAAGAAAGCUGCUGAAGAAGUUAAAAUCAAUGAAGAGGAAAUCUUAAAGAAAAGCAAAGCUGCUGAAAUUGCACAUAAGUCUUCCCAUAGAGAUAGGAGUACAUCCAGAAAAAGAUCAUCAAGUAAAAAGCGUUCACGUUCGCGUUCCACAUCUCGUCGUCACCAUCACAGAUCAACAUCGCGAACAAGAAGGUCAAAGCGAUCCAGAUCACGGCGGAGAUCAGAAUCUAAGUCUAGGCGGAAGUCAAGGUCUCGUAGUAGACACAGGUCCAGUUCGAGGAGCAGGCACUGGCCACGGCAUAGCAGUAGAAGAUCAUCGAGUGGUGUGAAGUUAGCGGAUAGUGAAAAGAAACGCUUGCUAGAAGUGGCUAGACGCAACGCAAUCAACAUGUUAAAGAAUGGUGCAGUGCCUGCGGGCGCUGCUGUGUUACCGCCUCACACUAGGAACCAAGUCAUGGCCGCUAUACAGUCUGGAGGUAAAUCAGUAGAUGAGUUAACAGACUUCUGUAAACAUUUAUCAAAGAAAGAGGCUCUCGGGGAAUUGUCAUCGGUAUCAUCCAAUGAUGAUAACAUGAGUGAGAAUGAAGAUACUAUUGCCUUCCAUCAUCCGUUCCUUGUGAAGGAAAAAGCACCCAUUGUGAUGAAUAUUAGAGGAGGAGCACCUCUUCCACUAAAAUCGAGUACACUACCAAUAGCUAAUAAGGAGGAAUUGAGGCUACAGUUUCCUGUAUCAUCAGGGAGUCAGCAUAGAGAGAAAGCAUCAGAAUGGGUGCCUGUGUCACCUAAAAAGGACAAUAUGCAAAUCGCAAAGUUAAACUCCAAAUCGGAAACAAAAGCAAUACUAGGAUUUGAUCCUAUAUCCAAAAAAUCGGAACCACUAGCAUUGCCCGCGCCACCUGUAAACCAACCCGCCUAUAUGAAAAGCUUUACUACUGGAAGUCAAUUAAACUCAGUGCCUGCCAUAACAGCGGGACCACAAUAUUCUCCAGGCAGUGACAAUCCUGCUGUGGAUGUAGCUGCCAUCGUUUCACAGAAGCUGUCAAUGAUAAGGAGGGAACAAGAACAAAGCGAGAUGCAUGCCAUGAGAGGUUUCGGCUGGUCCACAAACCCGUCGCUGGGCCAGUUCACCGGCUCGACGGGCGCGAACAUUCUGACGCCUCGCGAACUGGCGGCCGGCUCGCAGGCAUGGGCUAAGAAGCCGUGCUCGCCGCAGUCGCGUACAAUGGUCCAGUCGUCUCGGUCGGGAUUCAUAAUACACAGUAUUAUAUCUUCCGACCGUUUGUGCUUGUGUGAUGGUUACGAUUACAUUAUUUGUGUGUGACGUCCAUAAAUUAUGUGAGGAUUUUCUGAAAACCAGUAACAAAGCCUUUUUUAGGCUACAUAUUCAUUCUAGUGUGGAAUUGAAAAUUAAUAACGGUUGCGAACCACGAAGAAUUUCGUACAUACAUGAUGUCUUAAAGGAGUAUUAUUUCCAGUAUGGACAAACGACAGCGUUAUAUAGGUCGGAGGUAUUACCGUAUUACUGCAAUAAGACAUCAUGAAAACCGCCCUGGUAUCUCUGUCAAUCAAACAUAUCAAUUCCCUUUAGCACAGAUUGACGUCAUUGCAUUCUUGGUAGUUCGCGACCGUUGUUUGUCUAUUAUGUUCUUGACAUAGGUCAGAUACAUACAAAAAUAAAUCAUAAAACACCAUAUUCUUCAUAAAUCGGAAUACGCUCAUAUUCCGAUGUUUAUUCAUUCUAGGUUUUAUACCGAAAAAGUAAAACGGGACCCUAUUAUUGAGACCUCGCUGCUUUUUAUAGGAAAAUUACAUCCCCCUACAUAAAACUCGCAAACCAUCCCCAUGUGUAAUUUGGUGAGAUAUCGCUCGACCUUUGCGACAACCACCAUCCUAAACAUCUCGCAUAAUUAAUGGACGCCCCCUAAUUUCUCAUUUUCAAAAAUCUUAAGUAUUGCGAUGCUAUUUCGCUUGAUGUAAUGUUUUCGAUGGUAAAAAUAACCUUCCAUUUUCCGAAAUGAUCCAAAAAUUAGAUAGUACCUACUAAAUGAAUUGACCUAGAACCUUAUAUGGCGAAUGAAUAACAUAUUAGUUUUCAAUUCACCUUUAUCAAUUUUGUACGUGCGUUGAUAAACUCGGUUUAGAAUUUAAACCGAGAUUAUCGAUGUAAUUUUAAACCUGUAAAACUUUAAAUGUAGAU